ACUUUUGGGGCUGGAAGUUACGGAAGAGUCAGCAACUUAGGGUCUGAGUGGUGGUAGUGGGGGGGGGUGGCGGCAAUCAAGCAGAAUUUGCAGUGUGGGGGUGUUUUCUUCUGGGAAGCGUCUUUAGUUCCCCCCCCCUCCCCGGCGCAGCGACCAGACGAGAAGAGGCGGGGUGGGCGGUCACCGCUCGCGAAAGGUGAAAGUGGUUGGAACGUUCCGGGGGUUCUAGAACGUUGGGUAUCCAAACAGAGCCACGCCCCCUUUUCCUCCCUUCUCUGCCUGCAAGCUUUUAGUCCGCCUUUUCUACCGCCUCGAUCGUCCCUGCCUUAAAAGUGCCCGAAUCCAGGGAAUCAAAACAGACGAAUGAAUACCCUCCAUCCAUCACAUCUUCUCCUCCAGGGAUAUCCCGACGGUAUUCCUGAUUUUGUCCACGGGUGUUUCGUUUCCUGCUUCCUCUGCUCCCUUCCAUUUGUCGCAGACAAAACGUUGCUUUAAGAACUCUGAUUUAUUUAUUUAUUUUGUCGUUGCAGAAAUACAGUUUCCUGUUUUAUUCUCUUGAGCUUUUCUGAAUCUGUCAUGGUUUUUCCUCUCUAGGAUUAAUAUUCUCUUUAUUUCUUCAACAGACUGGCCUCUCUUGAUCUGUUCUUGAAGCCAAAGCCACUUAGAUCUUUUCUUCUUUGGAUAUUUAGGGAUAUUUUUUUGCUGCUAUUUUCAGAAUGCCUCUGUCUCUUCCUAUCGGGUUUUCCUUUUAGAAGUUAAGUGUAACGUCUCUGUUUUAUGCGUUGGUUUUAUGCUCUGACUGUAUCCUGCAGAACAAAUAUUACUAGCUUGCCUGCUCUUUAACUUUCUGAAUUUAAUAUGUUUUGUAUAUUAAAUUUUUGUAGGCUGUUAAGUUUUGUAGGCUAUUCCACAGGCUGUUGCUGGCAUUGUCCUGAUUGCUGAGAUUUAACUUAGAUUGGCUAAAUGUUUGAUCUAUUCUAUGCCCAUAUAAUUUUCUUGACAAGAGUGCUCAAGUAUUUGGCUUUUGCUUUCUUCCAGAUUUGAUUUUGGGGUUUCUUCUUCUAGGAACUUCUUUCAUUACCUAAUUCCUGUUCUUGAUUACUAUUCUUCCCCUUCAAACUUUAGCAGCAAAGACACAGCCUGCUCUACUUUAUUGCAUACUUAGCCUUUCCUUAGAAAAACAACCUUGCAAACAUGUACAGAUAGUGCUCGACUUACAACAGUUUGCUUAGUGAGCAUUCAUAGUUUCAACAGCACUGAAUAAAAUGACCUAUGACUGUUUUUCACAUGAUUAUUGUAGCAUCCCCACGGUCACAUGAUCAAAAUUUAGAUGCUUGGCAACUGACUCAAAUUUAUGACAAUUGCAGUAUCCCUGGGUCAAGUGAUCAACUUUUGUGACCUUCUGACAAGAAAAGUCAAUGGAGAAACCAGAUAAACUUAAUAACCAUAGUACAGUACUAACAACUAGAGUGAUUCACUUAACAAAUGUGGCAAAAAAGGUAGUAAAAUGGAGAAAACUCAACAAAUGUCUCGCUAUGCAAUAUAAAAAUUUUGGGCUCAAUUGUGGUUGUUAAGUCGAGGACUACCUAUAUUUUCUGCAACUGGCUUUUCAUUCCCUUUACAGUACUGAUUUACUUUCAUUUCUGUUCUUCCACAGUUAUGUUUGCUGAAUGGUUUUCUUGUGCCUAAACUUUCUCUAGCCACUUGAGAUUUACUACAUUGAAUCAAAAGAUGUUGCCUACCACAUCAAUUAACCCCCGAGAUCAGGGCAAUGGAUCUUUAAAUACUAGAGCAUCAGCAAGACACACAGCUGGGGCAAAGCGCUAUAAAUACUUGAGAAGACUCCUUCAUUUUCGUCACAUGGACUUUGAGUUUGCUGUGUGGCAGAUGUUGUAUCUGUUCACUUCACCACAGAAGGUGUACAGAAAUUUUCAGUAUAGGAAACAAACAAAAGACCAGUGGGCUAGAGAUGACCCUGCUUUCCUUGUGUUGCUGAGUAUCUGGCUGUGUGUAUCCACUAUAGGAUUUGGCUUUGUGUUAGGCUUUGGAUUUGUUGAAAUGAUAAAGCUACUGCUGUGGGUCGUGUUUAUAGACUGUGUAGGAGUUGGCCUUCUAAUUGCAACUUUAAUGUGGUUUAUCUCCAAUAAAUUUUUGCUAAAGCAACAAAACAGGGACUAUGAUGUAGAGUGGGGCUAUGCUUUUGAUGUUCAUUUGAAUGCUUUCUACCCACUUCUUGUUAUCCUGCAUUUUAUCCAGUUAUUUUUCAUUCAUUAUGUAAUUUUAUCAGCAUCGUCUAUUGGCUAUUUUGUUGGAAAUACUUUCUGGCUGAUUGCAAUUGGUUAUUACAUCUAUGUGACAUUUCUGGGGUACAGUGCACUGCCAUUCCUGAAGAACACGGUGAUCCUUCUGUAUCCAUUUGCGCUUCUCAUCUUGCUGUACGUGGUCUCUUUAGCCAUUGGAUGGAACUUUACUAAAGCACUUUGCGUUUUCUACACAUACAGAGUGAAAUAAACUGGUCUCCAAUAAAUAACACCUUGUACAAAUGUCAAACCUGGUGAAAUGAAGAUACUCUUGUACAUUCCUGUAAAUAACUUACUCCUCACUGUAGAUCAGUGUAUACAAAAUGUUUGGGUUUUUUAAAAAAAAAAGCACUGACAGUCAAUAAGCCUUCAAUAUCCCUCCUUUGUGGAAGAGUUGUAUAUCUCUGUAAUAAAGAUUCUUUUUAAAAUUCAA